AGGGAGCCGGACCGGAAGGGUCGAAGCGCCCCGGCGCCCCUCACACCCACUGCAGCGGCGGCGGCGGGGCGGAGCGGAGUGGGGCGGGGCGGCCGGCCGAGCCCGGGGCAACGGAGCCGCGAGCCGCCAGUGCGCAGCGCCGCCAGUCCGCCCGCCCGCCCGCCCUCUCCCCCUGGCGCGGCGGCUGGGAGGCGAGGAACCUGACCACUGUACCAGCUCUUUGGAAUAUUCUAUGAUACUACAUCAUGAGUGACAGUAAAUGUGAUAGUCAGUUUUACAGUGUGCAAGUGGCAGACUCAACUUUCACUGUCCUGAAACGUUACCAGCAGUUGAAACCAAUUGGCUCUGGAGCCCAAGGGAUUGUUUGUGCUGCUUUUGAUACAGUUCUUGGGAUAAAUGUUGCAGUCAAGAAACUAAGCCGUCCUUUUCAGAAUCAAACCCAUGCAAAGAGAGCUUAUCGUGAACUCGUCCUCUUAAAAUGUGUCAAUCAUAAAAAUAUAAUUAGUUUGUUAAAUGUGUUUACACCACAGAAGACUCUAGAAGAAUUUCAAGAUGUGUAUUUGGUCAUGGAAUUAAUGGAUGCUAACUUAUGUCAGGUUAUUCAUAUGGAGUUGGACCAUGAAAGAAUGUCCUACCUUCUCUACCAGAUGCUCUGUGGUAUUAAACAUCUGCAUUCAGCUGGUAUAAUUCAUAGAGAUUUGAAACCUAGCAACAUUGUAGUAAAAUCAGACUGCACGCUUAAGAUCCUUGACUUUGGCCUGGCCCGGACAGCAUGCACCAACUUCAUGAUGACCCCGUACGUGGUGACGCGGUAUUACCGGGCACCCGAAGUCAUCCUGGGCAUGGGCUACAAAGAGAAUGUUGAUAUCUGGUCAGUGGGGUGCAUCAUGGGAGAGCUGGUGAAAGGUUGUGUGAUAUUCCAAGGCACUGAUCAUUUUAUGUGGAGUUAAAUACAACAUUUUAUUUUGUUCUAAUAAAUUUUCCAGCAGUUUUCCAUAGCCUUUCCUUUGAUUUGCUUGUUCCAAACUAUAAAUAAGUCUGCAAACAGACUCAGUUUAAAAAGGAAAACUUGAUAAAUUCUAAAGAUAAAUAAUUUAGAAGUAUCUAUUUAACAUCUCGUUUGUCUCAAUUCUUAUUCAUUUUAUGCCUUUCCUUUUUUAAUUGAAUGUUUUCUUCAGAAAGUACAAAAAAGAAAACUGUGAAUACUUUUUGGAGCAUUAUUAAGUAAUUUAAAAUUCCUACUUUACAUAUUACCAUCUUGCAGUGUCAAUAAUUAAUAGUUUUAUAUAUAAGGCCACCUAAUGUCAUUCUCAAAAUACACACCGAGAUUAACGUCAUUCUCCAAAGACAGUUUUGCCCACACCUUCAAACAUUAGAUUAAAAAUUGUAAGCAUGGAAAAAGAUUCUGGAAAGCAGACUGCAGUUCUCUGAGAUUUGCUUUCAGAUGUGUGAUCUGGGAUAGAACAGGAAUGUCUGUCCCCACAGUAGCCCACAAGGAAAAGACAGCCUCAGCCAGACCACCUUGGGUGCACAUGGUGGCUGUGCAUGCUGGAUGAGUCAGGGCCUCUCUGAGCCUUGGUUCCUCUUGGGUAUAAUGAGAAGCCCAUGGUAGCUAAGGGACGGUAAUGCACGAACACACCUGGAAGAUCAGCCAGGCUUCUUGGGAUGGUCUUUUCCUUUCCCACCACCCUUUAGUCUACAAAAACGACCCUUUAUCAUGAACACGCUAGACAUUUAUUGAGCGCCCACCCAUUUCUAGGCUCCUGUCUGACUCACAUUGGGAACAGUUGUUGCAGCUGCUGAGCCGAAGCCAGACUGUCAAGGGCAUGAGCAGAAGCAGGGAGAUGAGGGGCUGUUUCAGUUGUUCAGUGAGAAGGGCUUGAAUGCCGCACAAUUCUGCUUCGGCAUCACAUAGGAACAAAAGAGUGAGGGAAGAGAAUACACUAGUGACUCGAAUGGCCAGGACUCCUCUCCCAAGCAGGACUGCAGAUGGCCAACAUUCUGGAAGAACGGAGUUGUCUUCUUUGUUCUUCUAAGAGCAUUUCUGCCGCCUGGGUUCUUCCAUAAUGAUGUAAUUGGAUUUUUCUGAAACAAACCUCUAUUAGAUUUUUCUAAAAACUUUUAAAAACUGCUUUUUAAACAUUGCUGCCUACAUGAUUUUUUUCUGUCCUACGUUCUCUCAUAUAAUUGUUAACAGUUUCAGAAUCCCUCUCCACCUCAUUAUUCCAAGCCCCCUGUGAAACAGCCAAAGCUGGUAUUUUCUGCGUUUUACAAACAAGGGAGUUGAGACCCAAGGGAGACUGACUGCCCGGCACCUGAUGCAUGUCUAGUGCACAGUGGAGUCUGGAAUCCGGGUCAUGUACUUUGAAAGGAGAUAAAAUGUGCUCCAAGGUACUGCAGUGAUGGGCAUGGUCAGUGCCAAGUAAAACACAAUGACCUCCCAAAGCUGUCUAAGCCCAGUUACAGGAAGGCAUGUGGUCCUGUGAGAGAGGACAAGGCUCAGAAAGCCCAGGCUCACGUGCCGCACUCCACCUUACACCGAGGACUCAGAUCUGUCCACUUUAAGGAGCUUUCCAAUCUAAGUAACUUUGAUGUGAAAAUUGAUUUCAGUCUGCCUAAGUAAUAUCUAAUUUCAUCUUUAAUCACUUCUGUCAUAAGUAUUCUUCAGUUACAAGAUUAACUGUAUUUUGAUCUAGAAGGGAAGGCAUACGUUCCUCAGUGUGUUGGUUUAAUAAACCAUGAUCAGAGUUUAUAAAGGAGCAGAGUUUUUAAAAGUAGUGUCAACUUUGGAGACCCCAACCACCAUGUGAAUAUUAUUUUAGAAUACCUCGGCUGCCCCAGUGGGACAGCCUAGUUAAUUACCUGUCAGUAGGUGAAAAUAGGAUUUAAGUGUUUCUUUGAAUAAUGCUGCUCCGUGUAACGUGACUGUAAGCCCCUUCAGUUGUAUUUUCCUCAAGAGACU